AGUCCGCUUCGAAUGCUGACACCAACAGAAGCACCCGUACCAGCUCGUCAUUUCCUUCCCCCUCCUAACUCUUUUUUUCCCUCCCCUACUGACCACUCUCUCUCUUUCUCUGUCUCGCACUCGGAGCUCGAGAGAGGGAGAGAGAGUGAGUGGAACUGUGCAAGUGUAAAGAAAGGGAGAGAAGGUAUCUCCUCGGCAACGCCAAAUCCAACGUUACAGUCGGAAUUUCAGGACACAGAAAAGAAAAAGGUUGGUGAAGGGGGAGAGAGGUGUUAAAGUAAAAGGAGAAAAAGAGAAAGAAGGUGGGAAGUAAAGUUAGUGGUGGCAAGGGGGAAGAAUGGCGAGAGCAUUUGUGACUGCGACUCCUUUGCUGUUAGUGCUACUUUCUUUCUAUACAGAGCUCUGCAGGGCAAGCACAAUUGGAGUCUGCUAUGGAAGAAAUGCUGAUGAUCUUCCCACCCCUGAUAAAGUAGCCCAAUUGGUUCAUCUGCACAAUAUCAAAUAUGUAAGGAUAUACGACUCCAACAUUCAGGUUCUCAAGGCCUUUGCCAAUACUGGGGUUGAAUUAAUGAUAGGGAUUCCAAAUUCAGAUUUGCUGCCAUUCUCCCAAUUUCAAUCCAAUGCAGAUACAUGGCUUAGAAACAACAUCAUGCCCUACUAUCCUGCCACUAAGAUUACAUAUAUAACAGUUGGUGCAGAAGUCACUGAAAGCCCCACCAACAUCUCAGCCCUUGUCAUACCUGCCAUGCGAAAUGUCCACACUGCUCUGAAAAAAGCUGGUUUGCACAAGAAGAUUAAAGUCUCUAGUACUCAUUCUCUUGGAGUCUUAUCUCGAUCAUUCCCACCAUCUGCUGGCGCUUUUGACCCAAAGCAUGCCUUCUUCUUGAAACCCAUGUUGGAAUUCCUUGCAGAGAACGAGUCCCCUUUCAUGGUUGAUAUUUAUCCUUACUAUGCUUAUAGAGACUCCCCUACAAAAGUUUCUCUAGAUUAUGCUCUAUUUGAGUCAUCCUCAGAAGUUAUUGAUCCAAACACGGGCUUGCUUUAUACAAACAUGUUUGAUGCCCAGAUUGAUGCUCUCUAUUUCGCACUGAUGGCACUAAAUUUCAGAACAAUAAAAAUAAUGGUUACUGAGACUGGGUGGCCCUCCAAAGGAUCACCUAAAGAGACUGCAGCAACUCCAGAUAAUGCCCAAACCUAUAACUCAAAUCUAAUUCGCCAUGUCGUGAAUGAUACAGGAACACCAGCAAAGCCUGGGGAAGAGCUUGAUGUCUAUAUCUUUUCAUUGUUCAAUGAGAACAGGAAACCCGGCUUGGAAUCUGAGAGGAACUGGGGCUUAUUUUAUCCUGACCAGACAAGUGUAUACAGCGUGGAUUUGACUGGAAGAGGGGCUGUUGACAUUACAGAGGCCAACAUUACUAGUUCUAAUGGAACCUGGUGCAUUGCUUCAUCUACUGCUUCGGAACUUGACUUGCAAAAUGCUUUAGAUUGGACUUGUGGCCCUGGGAAUGUGGAUUGUUCAGCCAUCCAGCCUAGCCAGGCUUGUUAUCAGCCGGAUACUUUAGUCUCUCAUGCAUCCUUUGCAUUUAAUAGUUAUUACCAGCAAAAUGGAGCUACAGAUGUCGCUUGCAGCUUUGGAGGUACAGGGGUGAAAACUAACAAGAACCCAAGCUACGACAAUUGCUUGUACAUGACAUUUGGGAGUAAUACGAGCGCUGCAAGCAAUGUCACAGCAUCUCUUUCAAGUUCGCCAUCUAUAGACUUGAGUAUUUCUGCAUGGAUGACUGGUUUCCUACUUAUGAUCUCUCUCUCUCUCUUAUUCUUCUGAUUUUGUGGCGGUGUUAAAAAUUUAAAAGAAGCCUGGGAUGGGAAGAAGUUUUGGAGAAAAUAUCCUGUUACAUGCAGGGAGAUAUGUUCGAGAGGGAAGUUUGCAUUUCCAAGUUACAAGUGUUGUAGAGGAAAUCUAUAUUCCAAGUUACUUAUAUUAAUAUUAUAUUGGAAUAUUGGAUUAGGAUGUAGAUCUGUAAAUGCAUGCAUAGUCAUGUUCUAAUAUGUGCUACUGUGACUGUGACACCAUGGUUAAUUAUUGGUUGGUCAUUGGGUAUAGGUUAAAUUUUGGUGUCAUUUGAGUGUGUCUAUUCAGUGUCUAUUCUCGUCAACCCAUUUACCAUUUCCCAUCUUUAUGGUUUUCUUAAGAGUCGGAAAUUAAAAGUGUAUCAGUUAUGUUUAAGCUCUUUUUAUUUGUAGCCAUUUCUUGUU